CUCGAAACCAUGCGCUAAACGCACGUGUGUGGUGAAACACGGAUGACAAAAAUGCAUGCAUCGUAAAUGAAUAUUGUGUUGUUCGCGAAUGUGCAAGCGAUAUGGCUGACAGAUUUAAAGACACAAGUGGCUGCGUUCUUUCAAAUUAUGACUUGACAUGUGCGGUCUCUAUUCUGUGUGAGCGCAUCGGCAAACCGUGUCGGGGGCUGAAUCAAUGGCUUUGUAGAGAGGACUGGAGCCCGUCAUCUCGUGCAGCACUGCUGGAUCGUCUGGCAUCACUGCUGCACCAGCGCAGCUGUACAGACUUGGUUGCUCAGUUGUGUCUGCCUUUGUUGACUGAGCUUCUGGCACGUUCCAUUCUGCGUUCAUAUGACAAAGAACAGUUUUGUGUGGCCCUUGGGCGCCUCAUUUCGAGGUACCCAACUGCUGCGCUGUUUGUGGAUGCGUACCUUGAACAACAAUGCAACUUGCCAAGGCUACUGAGGGAGAGUGAGCUCGAGGUGGAAGGUGGUGCUCCGCCUGCCAAGAGGCCUCGCACUACCUCUGUGCCACUGAAUGUGGUGCGUUGUAUCUGGCAAUUGCUGUGCCAGCAGCCCAGCCACCUUGCUCGACGCUGGGACUGGACACCUUUGCUGCCUUUCCUCAAGCACUCAUCAACACUUGUUCGCUGGUAUGCAGCACACUGCAUGGCUCUAUUGUUAUGCCUUGGCGAGUCGGAACAGCGGGCACUUCUUCAGCAACUGUUGCCAGAUGCGGAAGUGCUGCAGACAGACUUAAGGUUAUCCACAGAGAUUGCUCUUGGAGCCCUUCGCCCACCAUCAUGGCCCCCAACAUCUGACAGACCGGGAUGGCCACUGACCAGUUCAGAUUUGAGUCCAGGUGUGAUCUGUGUCUCAGGUCUUCUACUGCAGCAGAGGGCGAUUCCAGAGAAGGCUACUGCUCAAGUUUUCCAUCAUGACUGGUUGGCGCCAUCAGCUGGGCAGGCUCUUCGGUGCCUGGCAGAAUGUGUGGCUCGGGGCCAACCCUGCCUGGUACGGGGUCCCGUAGGUGCAGGCAAGACAAGCCUGGUGCGCUUACUGGCAUCCAAGCUGUGCCAGUCCCUGGUGACCGUGCAGCUGGGUGACCAAGCAGAUGUGCACACCCUAGUGGGUGGUUACGUCUGCUCUGAAGUGGCUGGCCAGUUUGUUUGGAGGGAGGGACCUCUCGCCCGAGCUAUGCACCAGGGCAGCUGGCUGCUGUUGGAGGACCUGGAGAGAGCCUCCCCUGAUGUGUCAAGCCUUUUGCUGGCAGUGCUGCAAUCGGGCACAGUGCCAGGUCUGCCAACGAGGGCAGCUGGCUUCCAGUUGGUGGCCACACACCGCGGAUCAGUCCAUCCAGUCACUCUGGCCACCGAGGCUUUGUGGUCCAUUGUUCAUCUGCAGCAUCCCUCCCGCCAGGAACUUCAUAACAUGAUUGUCCAUUACUGGCCUCAGCUGGAGCCAAUGGCAGGACGCCUUCUUGAUCUCUUUCACUUUCUUCGUGAACCUGGCUCACCAGUGCGGCGAACCAUCUCUCAGAGGGACCUGCUGAAGCUCUGUCAGCGCCUUGUGUUGCGUGGCUUCUCUUUGGAGGGAACACAGGCUGCUGAGAACACAUUCCAGGAUACGAUGGACUGCCUCUGCCAGAGCAUCCGGGAUCCCACCAAGAGGCAGGCUCUGGCUCAGCAGUGUGGAGCACUCCUUGGGCUGACCAAGUCACAGGCACUUUUUCUUUGCACGAUGAUCAAGCCAGAUGUCAAAGAGACUGCAUCAUCAGUGACUGUGGGUCGUGUUGUGUUGCAACGGCGAAAAUCUCAAGCUAGAGAAUCAUUGUCAACAGCUACAAAACGAAGCACAUUUGCUGGGACACGGCAUGCCUUGGUGUUGAUGGAGCAGUUGGCAGCUGCAGUAGCCAGCGAGGAACCAGUGUUGCUUGUUGGCGAGACAGGUGUCGGAAAGACGGCAGCUGUUCAGCACCUAGCCGAGCUCACAGGUCAUCCUUUAGUGGUGCUCAACAUGAGUCAGCAGAGUGACAGCAGUGACCUGCUCGGUGGCUUCAAGCCUGUUGACAUCAAGCUUCUGUUGUCCCCAGUUCGGGAGGCAUUCGAGGCACUCUUUAGCAGCACGUUCUCACAGUCUCAAAAUGCAAAAUUCCUCAGUCACAUCACUACUUGCUUUGCUGGGCGUCGAUGGCGUGACUUGUUUGAUCUGAUGUCUCACAGCCAAAAGUCUGCCGUGUCAAGGCUUUCAAAGCCGGGCUCUGACAAGGAUCAGUUGGAGCGCUGGCGUGCAUUUGGGGAGCAGUUGCGGAAAGCCGAGACUCAAGCACGCCAGGCCGAGAACAAGUUGACAUUUGCUUUUGUUGAGGGUGCCCUUGUACGAGCUCUUAAGGAGGGUUCUUGGGUUCUCUUGGAUGAAGUCAACCUGGCCGAAGGAGAAGCCCUGGAGAGCUUGGCUCCUGUCUUGGAUGGUAGCUCACCAGUGCUAUUUGAGCGAGGGGACCAAGAGCCUUUGAAGAGACACCCCGAAUUUAGGCUGUUUGCAUGCAUGAACCCUGCCACAGAUGUGGGUAAAAAGGACUUGCCUGCAGGCAUUCGGAGCCGCUUCACGGAGGUGUACCUGGAGGAGCCUCUGGAGGAGGGUGAUCUGGAGCUGGUGGCAGCUGCCUAUCUGGGUGGCAGUGGGUCACCACCACUGCGAGCUUGUGUGUCCCUCUACCUGAGCCUGAGGAAAGCUGCUCAGGAGGGCCUGACCGAUGGCACGGGCAGCCGACCCCACUACAGCCUUCGCACACUAUGCCGCGCUCUGCGCCACGCUGCCUCCGACCCAUGCAACAGUUGGCCACACUCACUCUACCAGGGCUUCUGCCUGAGCUUUCUGACAUCCCUGGACCGCAGCUCUCAUGCUGCAGUGGAGCGCAUGAUUCGCAAGACUCUACUUGGCUCCAAGGUGCCUCGGACCCCUCUAGCGCCCUGUGGCAUAAAAGCAGUGGAGCUUGAGGGCUACUGGGUGCCCACUGGUCCGCUGGAACUUCAAGAUUCCCCUGGCUAUGUGCUGACAUCCACCGUACGAAACAACCUGCGUGACUUGGCCAGGGCAGCAGCCUGUGGCCGUCAUCCUGUGCUCCUGCAGGGUGAGACUUCUGCAGGGAAGACCAGUCUUGUGCGCUGGCUUGCAGCCCGCACAGGGCACAUCUGCGUCCGUGUCAACAACCAUGAGCAUACGGAUCUUGAGGAGUAUCUUGGCAGCUAUGGGGCUGAAGCUGGCACAGGCCGGCUGACCUACAGAGAAGGCAUACUUGUGGAGGCCAUGCGCCAAGGUCACUGGAUCAUCUUGGAUGAGCUGAACCUGGCAUGCUCAGAAAUUCUGGAGGCUCUGAACCGGGUGCUGGAUGAUAACAGAGAGUUGUUUGUGCCUGAAACGCAAGAAGUGAUUCGUGCCCACCCACAUUUCAUGCUCUUUGCAACCCAGAAUCCACCUGGUCGCUAUGGUGGUAGAAAGGUGCUGUCACGUGCCUUUCGCAACCGGUUUCUUGAGCUGCACUUUGAGGAGCUGCCACCAGAGGAGCUGGAAGAAAUCCUAGAGAAGCGCUGCUCUUUGCCACGCUCACUCAGCGUCAAGAUGGUGUCUGUGAUGACAGAGCUUCAGCUGCGCCGUCGUGAGACAGGUGUCUUUGCUGGUCGCCAUGGUUACAUGACUCUCCGUGACCUGUUUCGUUGGGCUGAACGCUACCGCCGGACUCCUGACCCAGGUGGCUUCUUUGACUGGGACCAGUUUUUAGCCAAUGAAGGAUACGCUCUGUUGGCUGGACGAGUUCGCCGACCCCAGGAGGCACAGCUUGUGGCAGAGGUGCUCAGCAAGAAGUUCAAGCGUCAAGUGGACCCAGAAAAGCUGUUCUCUGGGGUGCCAUGCACAGUUGCUCCUAAGGGAUUUGAGCAUCUUGUGUGGACUGCUGACGCUCGACGCAUGGCGUACCUGCUGCAGAGAGCACUUCAGUUCGAUGAACCUGUCUUGCUGGUGGGAGACACCGGGUGCGGAAAAACGACAAUCUGUCAGCUGCUUGCCUUGCUGGGAGGCCAGAAGCUUCGUACUGUAAGCUGUCACCUACACUCAGAGGCAGGCGACCUGCUGGGAAGCUUGCGUCCAGGGAGGGACCCUGAGGGUCCCCUUUUCCAGUGGGUGGAUGGCCCCUUGGUAGAAGCAAUGCUCGGUGGUGAGCCCUUUUUGAUUGAUGAGAUCUCUCUUGCUGAAGAUGCUGUGCUGGAACGUUUGAACAGCCUGCUGGAGCCCGAGCGCACUCUGCUGCUACCCGACUGUGGGCGUGAGUUGGUGGCCAGUUCAGGGUUUCGUCUCCUGGCAACCAUGAACCCAGGAGGUGACUUUGGCAAACGUGAGCUGUCGCCAGCAUUGCGAAACCGCUUCACAGAAAUCUGGUGUCCUGGUGUGGCAUCAUCAGCCGACUUAGCUGCCAUUGCAGACCACAACCUGAGCCCCACAAUGUACCUUGGUGCCCUGACUCUGGGGACCGCUAUAGCAGAAUUUUUGGACUGGCUACGCUCUGACGACUUGGGGCGACGUUGUGUAGCCACAGCCCGUGACAUAUUGGCUUGGACAGAACUCGUCAAGCGCACAAUGGGCUGCCUAAGCCCUGCAGCGGCCUAUGUUCAUGGAGCUGUGAUGACUUUUCUUGAUGGCCUGGGAACAGGCACUACAAGCAGUGAAGAAAGUAGCGCAGUGGCUGUCUUGCGAAGGAAAGCCCUAACCUUCCUGGGCAGCCAGCUGAGGCAGCAAUUGUCUGUAAUUCCUGGCGAUGCUCAGGAGGCUCUCGACGAGGCCAAUGUGUCUGUAUCUCAAGACACCAGUGGCUUACAUGUGGGCCCUUUUCAUCUUUCUACAGGGCCCAUGGGAGCAUGCCCAUUGGCACGUGCCCACUACAGCCUACAUGCAGACACACCACGUGCCAAUGCACUGCGACUGGUGCGAGCUCUGCAGCUGGAGAAACCCGUUUUGCUCGAGGGCCCACCGGGAGUGGGCAAGACUAGCCUGGUAGCUGCUCUAGCGAGAGCCACGGGACACGAGCUUACCCGCAUCAACCUCUCUGAACAGACGGACAUUUCUGACUUGUUUGGUGCUGACCUCCCUGUGGAAAACCAAACAGUGGGGCAGUUUGCCUGGAGAGAUGGACCACUGCUGCGAGCCCUUCGAGAGGGUCACUGGGUCCUGCUAGAUGAAUUGAACCUGGCCUCUCAGAGCGUCCUUGAGGGACUCAACGCAUGCCUCGACCACCGGGGUGAAGUGUUUGUGCCUGAGCUGAACCGCUCUUUUACUGUGGGUCAUUCACGGUUCUUUGGCUGCCAAAACCCAUAUCGACAGGGUGGAGCACGGCGUGGCUUGCCUCGCUCCUUUCUCAAUCGCUUUGUGCAGUUGAGCCUGGAACCCUUGAGCAGAGGUGAUCUGCAAACCCUUGUGCGGUACUUGCACCCUGCACUGCCUGAAGACACCCUGGACAACAUGGUUCUUUUCAAUGAGAAGUUGGUUGAUGAGGUGCAAAACCAAAGGCUGUGGGCCGUCUCGGGAAGCCCAUGGGAGUUCAAUCUGCGUGACAUCUCCCGGUGGGCAUGCCUUAUGGAACGAGGCCCCUUGGAGCCAGGCUCUCAUGUUGGACUUGUCUAUGCAGCACGAAUGCGCACCCCUGAGGAUCGCAGCAGGGUGUUCAGCAUUUACAAAGAAGUGUUUGGUGAGGCAGCCCUGGAACGGCCACCUGAGGUGCACGUGACUCCGAAGUGGCUGAGCGUCGGCAGCGCCAUUUUGCCACGGAGAAGUCCUACACAGGAUUCCUCAUUGAGCUGCAGAGCCGUCGAAGAUCUGCGACUCCUCCACAUUCAGGCACCAGCCAUGGAGGGCUUGGCGAAGUGCCUGGAAAAUGGCCUCGCUGCAUUACUUGUGAGUCCGUCAGGAAGCGGGAAGACGACACUAGUGCGAAGCAUGGCCAGGCUUGCUGGUCGUCCCCUGGCUGUCUUGCCAAUCGGCACGUCUACCGAUGCGCUUGAACUGCUUGGUAGCUUCGAGCAGGUGGACCUGCUGAAGAAGCUCAAACACCUACUUUCAUCUGCGGACAGGCAGUUAGAUGAGCUCCUCAAACGGGCAUCUGAAGGGCUGAUGGAUGGUGGCAUAGAGGAACUGUUGAAGCUGCGGCAUCAGCUGAAUCAGAUUAUGCCAACUGACGUGGCACAACCUGAUGAUGUACUGAAGUGCCUAAAGCACCUUCGCCAUGUUCUUGGCACUGUACUUGAGUGUAGAGGCUGGAAGUCUACGUUGAGAGAGCUUGAGCAACUUGAAAAGGCCGCCACUCUACCUGGUGCUGUCAGUGGGUGCUUUGAGUGGCAAGACAGCGUGUUGGUGAAGAGCCUGCUACAGGGUCACUGGCUCAUGCUGAAGAAUGUCAACCUAUGUGCGGCGUCUGUGCUUGACCGACUAAAUGGCCUGCUGGAACCAGGUGGUGUGCUUCCUCUGACCGAGCAGGGUGUUGUUGGUGAAGCACUUCGUAUCAUCAAACCACAUCCAAACUUCAGGCUUAUUAUGACCAUGGAUCCGAAGAAUGGAGAGAUUUCAAGGGCAAUGAGGAACCGAGUUGUGGAGAUCUUUGUGCCAGGAGAGGAUAACAAUGGCUGUUUUGACCUGUGGGACGGCCACAGUAUCUUGGCUUCAGCGAGGCUAGCGCUUCCUCAGGCCAGUGGGCCAUUUCUUGAAUCUCACGCAGCACUGGCAAAAACAUCUGUGCACAGUAGCAAAGUCUCUUUGGCUACCCUGCGGAAAGCGGCAGCACUGUGUGUCCAACGAUUGGAGACUGGCUUGCUCCCUCAGGAUGCUGUGCUGUCCAGUUUGGCACAGACCUACCAGGCCACAUGGGACACAGAAGAGGCUCAGGCGGCCUGCAAGUCCCUGCUCAGCAUACCGUGGGACAGCCAUGGGUUUCCCUCAGAGCAGCAGCUGCUUCUCUCCUUGGUGGCAUCACAGCCCCUGUGGUGCCUUGAACGUCACAGCACUGUCGCUGAAAUUUGGAGAGACAGUUUACCAUUGUGUGCAGUUCUGGCAUCUGCCUCCGAUCUUCCAAGGGAGGUGCUGCCCUUGCCACUGCAGCUGCAGAUGGAACCUGAGAAAAUGGUGGACACAGCAUGCCUGCUGCUGUUGGAGCGAACAAGUCGCGGUGACUGGAGCCAGCGCUUGCAGUGGUUACAACAGCUGAGUGACGCCCUAGGGUCUCAGCAGCAACUGUGCAUAAUUGAGCAACAUGUGGAGCCAAUGCUGCGCACCCUAGCUGCCUUUGAGUCACCUACUGGACUUCUUUCAUCCAUCGCCACAGAUGCACCACUACUGCCAGAGGAUCUGCCUUUGGACAUUUGCCACUUUCCCGAUCUCUUGUCAAGGCUGGCACUUCAGCCAGUGCAGUCCUCACAGGCUGAAGCCAUGGGCAUGAGAGUUCAACUUGUGCUGCGGCAUGGUUGCCUGGAGGCAAGGCUUCCCUGUCUCACGGAGAGUGAGCCGCUUAAGGCCUUGCAUGUGCACUCAUUGCUGAAGCAAGUGCUUUCUUCUUUGAGGGCUUACCUGCUUCACUCAUCCUGCACAAGCAAAGAAUUCUACAGCAAGGCACGUCUGGUGCAGCAACAUCUUGAGCAUUUCUUGCUGUCAAGCACAAGCACGGAUGCUUCCACUAGAACCCGUGCUUCACGAGCUGCAAAGAUUGCACAGCACUGGAGCUGGCUAUGUAAGCAUCUGCUGCACUUGCUCUCUUUCGGAGAGGGAUCUGCGAGUGGCGAGGACCAUUCGGGAGAGACCACAGCCCUCUGCUACCAGGAGCUAGCCUCCAUCAUUGCCAGCAUGAAUGACACGCUCAGCACUGAGCUGUCACCAAUGCACAAGGUCAGGAAGCACAUAGUGAAGCUCCUUGGCCAGCCCUGCACGUUGAACAGUGAAGAAGCUGCCAGUGCGUUCGAAAGGGCAUCAGGACUCUCUCAAUGUGCAUGGGAUGCACUGUGUGGUCGAGAGGCUGUUGGAAAGCUUCCUGUGCCCCUGGGCCAAGCUUUGCCCGCUCUGGCAUUGUUAGAAACUUCUAUGCUAGAUCUCCUGCAAGGGCGCUUUGAACAAGGAGAAGUUGCCCUAGCCAAGUUGGAGUCUGCAUGUACCCCAAAUCAAGAGGAUGAUGCUCAAGAAGAUACUGCAGCAGUGGAGCCAGGCAACACAUUGGCUCCUGUUUCUGCACUCAGAUGUCUGCUACAGUUGGUUGAUGAGAAUGAAGCAUUUGAAGCACACCUGAGUGGCCACGACACUGCCUUCCCAGUGCUGGAAUUUCAGCACCCAUUACAUGCUGUGGCUGUGACUUUGGCUCUGAAGAACCGCUCACAGGGUGAAAUGACAACCUGGUGGGUUGAGCACCUCUGUGGUUUGUGGGAUGCACCACGGAUACUUGAAACAGCACUGGCUCACAGUUUGCCAGAUACCAGUAGAACAUUCCUGCAAGAUCAUCAUGUGUACUUGACGCCCAUUGUGACAACUUCCUGCUGCCUUAUAGCUGAGACGGCUGUGGCAUCUCAGCUUGCUCUAGGUGCUCGCAAGGACAAAUGCUCUGAGCUGCAGCUGCUUAGGACUCUACUGAGCCACUUGAAUGGCCCAAAGUCAUUCUGGCUUCAUCAUUCUGGUGCAUUGGCCAAGUGGUUUCCCAUGGUGGUCUCUGCGAUGCCUGGUGUCAAAGCAGCAGGUGGUGACCAGAAUCGGUGUGAAACCCUCAAGCUUCCUGAAUGCUUAAGGUCACUUGUUGAGAGCACAACCUUGAUGGUUCAUCAGCUGAGUGUGAACGAUGGCUCCUACAGCAGGGACUGGCUGUGGUCUUUAGGACUGACAUGGGCUCGUGUAGGCCUCUGUGCACUACAAAUGUUGGUUCCAUGGGACCCAGUUGAUCCACUGUACAAGGCGGCACUGAAGUUGGCACACACGCAACAAGAGCUGUCAUACCUGGAAGCAGAACGACAGCUCAGGGACUGGACCAUCAUGGCACAUUUGGGAAAGCAUGAGAAUCAGGUGACGCAUCCCGCACUGAAACUGGAGCAGUGCCGCCACCAGCAGCUAAAGAUGAAAAUGGAGGAGCUGGCCUCCAAGAAGGCCCACAGGGCACCUAACUCACAGUACGAAGACCUUGCCCAACAGAUGCGCCACUGUGCCUCCACACUGGCAAGUGUUGAACGAGUGGAGUCAGUGCUGGAGGGCCUGUGUGCUUCCUGGCGAGAUGCACGGGCUCCAACUGCUGAUGUCUGGCCAUGGCUGACAGCCCUUGAGACACUGUGCAGGCAACUUCGUCAGGAGCACUCGUCUUUUCGAGACCUGUGCUACCCCUUCCUGUCCGGAUUGGCUCAGCUGACACAUGGUGUUCGAAUGCUUGCCGUGCUGGUGACCUCCAAGUGCAACGUUUCAAAUGAGUGCUGGCACAUGCUAGAGCAGUCGCUGACCUUUCCAUCGGCCCUGCCGCCUCACCGCCUGUCUGCGCUGCUCUCAAGCCCACAGCUGAUGGAUCUUGUUACAAACAGGGGCCACCAGUUCCUCCUGCUUCGAUCUGCACUGCAGGAGUUGGUCACUGGCCAGAAGCAAGACCAUAGCAGGGCCGUCGAUUGGCUAAAGGCAGCACGUCCUGUUCUCUGGCAGCUGCUGACCUCAUGGCAACUCAACGAAGAAGAGGAGCGGGAAAAGAAGGAGCGAGAGCAGAGCCUCUUCCAGUAUCGCACCCACGCUGGUGAGGAGAGCCAGGAAGUGUUGGAUGAGCAGCAGUGCCAUGCUCUCUUUCCCAGCUACUCACAGGAGUUUGAAGACGACGAAGAUGGACCUUCGCAGCCUGAGAAGGCUUUGCCAGUGGCACAAGCAUUUGCCUUCAGUGGCAGUGAAGCACUGCAGGUGUGGCAAGCUCACUGCCUACUUGCCGACCCCAAAACAACAGAAGGGAAAGCUGACUGCCUGAGUGCUUUGAUGCUGCGCCAUGAGGCAUUGCGCAGCACUUUGCAGCAGCAUGGAGCUCACCUGGAUGCAACACUUGAUGUAGCUUUGCAAGGCUGCCACCUGGUCUCUUGUUGGUCAUUGGAAUUGAGCCUAGACACAGCUUCCCUAGAGCAGCAAGGCCUAGUGGAAGGUAAACCGGAGAAGAAAGGUCACCCCACUGGACGCCAGAUCGACCUGUACCAUGAUGCUGAUCUGCAAGAGACAUCUUUGUGUGAGGGCCCUUUGCGUCGCCUGGUGACAAGAAUCCAGGACCUUCUGGAGGAGUUCCCUGGACACCCAGGCCUUACUAAGUUGAAACAAGUGUGCAACCGUGUGCUGGACCUGCCUGUGUCAUCACCAGUCAUGAAAGUGCUUCAGGGACUGGAAAUACUGCUUGCAUUGGGACAGGACUGGGAAAAAGGGGCCCACCGGAAGAUUUCCAUUUCCCCUGAGCUGAAUGCACUGACCCACUUGGUGGUGCGGUGGCGCAAGAUGGAGUUGCACAACUGGUCCCAGUGUCUAGAUGGAGUGCUCAAGAAGGUCCAAGAGACAAGUGCUCGAUGGUGGUUCUUUCUUUACCAGCUUUUGGCAAACCUUGUGCAGGGAAAAGGCCAGCUGGAUGCAGAAACUCCUCGAAAGGUGAGGGAUGAGCUGGUGCGUUUCCUGGACACGAGCCGACUGGGGGAGUUUGAGUUUCGACUGCAGCUGCUACGGCCCUUCCUGCUUGAGGCACAGCAGUCAGGCUCUCUCUUGACAGGCCUGCUCUUCAACCUGUGGCACUUCUACAGCCAGUACCUCCCAUCCACUCGUGCUCGCAUAAAAGCAGAUAGGGAGCCCAUUGAGAAGAAGCUCAAGGAAUUUGUAAAGAUAGUUCGCUGGAAGGACAUCAGCUUCUGGGCCAUCAAGCAAGCUGUGGAGAAGUCUCACAGAGUGCUGGUUUCACACGUUCGAGAUUUUCAGCAAGUGCUUGACCAAGAUGCCCGCUGCGCAUUUGGGGGUUUGACCAAGGAAGCAGAGCUUGAAGAGCCAAGUUCCCUCUGCCUGAAGUUCAGACCUGGCCAUUUUCUGGGUCCCGUGCCAAAAAGAGAGGAUGGGCAACAUCGUUAUGCGUUCCGGAUGCGGCAGCUUCUAAACCGAGUGAUGCGCAACAUGGAGGCAGUUGAGCUGACACAAGAACUGGAUGACCUUGCUGCUGAAGUAGCUGCCACUGUGCAGGCAUUUGAGCAAGAAGAUGCCAUCUUGGCCAAGAUGGGUAGUGGGCAGUCGGAACCAGAAUCCAAACGUGAGGAUCGCAAGAAGCAGGUGCACUUGAUCCAGCAGCGCAAACGCAAGGCCCUGGCUGAUCUGCUCAAGACAUUGGCUAAUAUGGGUCUGUCUUACCGCAAGGGCCAGCUGUUUGGACCAACAGCACAUAGCAUGCUGGAGGCACCUGCACUUGAGCUAUCAGCGGCAGUAAAGAAGAGCCUGCCUUCGGUCGUGGAUGACUCCAUGGGUCAGAACUGUGCUGGUUGCCAUCGUUACUACUAUCGUUGCAUUGCAAGUGUUGCCGCCUUGGCUGCCAGCUGCCCUAGCAAGGAAUUUGACCCACAGAUCAUGGAAAGGUGCUGUGGAUUUGCGGGUCACUUGGCUACUCUGGCUGUGGAAGACCGCACUCGUUCCUGUGAUGCAAUUCACAAAAUGGAAAAGCUACAGCAUCUAGCAACUUCUCUUGAGGAAUCUUCAAAAGGACCACUUCUACAACAGACUUUCCUUGACCAAUGGAAGGAGAAGCUGGCUUCAGCGAUAUUCCAGAGCAGCUACCGGAUGGAACAAAUAUUGGUACUGCUCCAAGCCUGGCCAGAGCCUGCUGAAUCAGCUGAAAGCCCAAUUAAAGAAGCUGUAACCAGGCUUCAACCACAACUAGCCUUGAUUCAAAGAUGUGGACAGCAGCUGUCGCACCCUGCCUUCAGAGGUGUGCUUGGCCAUCCCAGCAUAGAGUUGCUUGGAGACGUGGCGAGUCACCUAGCAGCAGUUAGCCAGGAUGUUCAAGAGAUUGGCCACACUCUUCAUCCACCACUAGCCAGGAACUUACACGAGCUUGCCGAGCCUUUAGGAGCAGUCUCCAGGGAGUGGCAACAAGUGGAGCUCCCAGAACCUGAGCCGCACAAGAACUCGGCCACUGACAAGCUUGUUAGGAGGUUGCUCCUAGCAGUGCAGUCUUUGCACACAAUGCUUGGUGAACCAGGGAAGUCCAAGCCGGAACAGUCACUGCAAUACUUGAGAGAAGUCCUGCGACAGGCAUUUGACAAGCUUGACUUGGAGAGGGUGGAGCGCUGUGCACAUUGCCUGGUGCAACAGCUUGCAAAGCACGGCACCAGUGUCGAAGCCAGCCAGGCAAGUUCCAGAGUGGUUCCCCUACUGCGGCAGUAUUUGGGGGUGGCCCAUUACCUGGUGACCCUGCAGCUUGCAUACCAUAGAACUGAACUCAAGUUGCUGUAUGUGCUCACAUCCAUCUUUACUAGUCUAGCCCAGAAGGGCCUGUGCAUUCCUGAGGAGUGGCGUGAGGAGAUUGCACGAGAAGGAGCACCAGAGUUCCAGGAAAUUGAGGAUGGCGGGCUGGGAGAGGGUGAAGGUGCCAAAGAUGUCAGCGACCGAAUUGAGUCUGAAGACCAGCUGGAGGGCCUGCGCAAUGAACAGCAGAAAGAGGACACCGAGAAGUGCCCAAAGGAAGAAGAAAACGGAGUAGAGAUGUCCGAGGACUUUGAUGCUGCUGCUCAGGACCCUGAAGAACAGGAAAAUGACAACGAAAGGAGUGAUGAUGAUGAUAAGGAUGAUGAAGAGGAGCUUGAGGACCAGAUGGGGGAUGUUCAAGCUGACCAGAAUCUUGACCAAGAGUUGUGGGACAAAGAGGAGGAAGAUGAGCCUGAGGAGGCAGGUGACGAGAACGAAGAGAAAGGUGCUACGGGUGAGGCCUGCAAGCAGACGCCCGAACUUGGUGCCAAGGAUGAGUCUGCUGCACCACAGAAUGAGCAGCCACCACCCACUGGUUCUGAGGACGAUGGCCCCUGCGACACUGCUGAAGAACCGACACCAGACCCAAAUUCCACACAUCCCGAGGAAUCGAACUCAAUGGAUGUUCCUGAGGACAUUGAGAUUCCUGAGAACAUGGACCUGGGUUCUGAUGCGGAAGACAUCGCCAAUGAAGAUGAAGGAGUGCAUUCUCCAGAGUGCCCCAAUGAAGAGGAUGGCACUGCCUCAGAUGCAGAGGAAGCUACUGCCGAAGCACCCCUAGAGGAGGAGGAGCCUGGUGGUCCGGAUGAAGGACCACCCGAAGAGCAAGCCACUCCUCCCCUCGACAUGAAGGAUGACAAUGCAGCAGGUGAUGCAUCAACUGAAGCUGAUAAUGCUGGCACUGGGUCAAAUGCUGGCAAAGCAGAGCAGGGGUCAUCGCACGAAGAUGCUGAGGAGCAAGAAGGCACAUUAGAUCUCGGUGGGGAGACUAGAGGUCUGUCUGGAUCUGGCCCAAGCAAUGAGAGCCAGCCUGAAGAUGAGUCGGUGCCUUUCAAAACGUCAGAGAGGCGCACCACUGUAGAUCCAGAAGGUAUGAAACCCCGAAAGCUGCGAACCACUGAACAUGAGAGCACACAGCCGAAGGACAAGGAGAAAGCCGAGCUCUUCCAACAUGUCACCAGUGAGGAGGCGCACGAUGAAGUUGCACUUGAUACGGCCACACCAGAGCAAGCACAGACCGCGAUGGAGAGUGCAGAGGAGGAAAGAAUGCCCGAUCAACUAGUGGAGCAAGACCAAGAGGAAGCUAUGGAGGAAGAACACGAUCAUUCAGAAAAACCUCCAGCCGUACACAGAAAAGCAGCUGCUACAGAGGAGGCAGAAACAAAGGAGAAACCAGGCACCGUUGUGGAGACUGCAUUUGUGGAACGUGGCCCUGAACCAAGCUUUCACACAAAUGUGGAUCUUGUGGCAGGAGUGGAAAUGGAUGAAGAAGCUUACUUGCCCACCGAAUGGGAAGUGGCCACCAUCCAACCGGGGUCAGAGACGUGGGCAGCCUGGGAGAAGGCAGAGCGCGAUGUUGCUCCACUGGUGCAGGAACUCUGUGAACAGCUGCGGCUUGUGUUAGAGCCAACCAAGGCCUCGCGGCUUCGAGGAGACUUCAGGUCUGGCAAGCGGCUCAGCAUGCGACGUGUGAUUGCAUAUUUGGCAAGCCAGCUGCGCAAAGAUAAGAUUUGGCUACGGAGAGUGCAGCCUUCACAGAGGCAGUACCGUGUGAUGCUAGCCAUCGAUGACUCACUCAGCAUGGGCCCCAGUGGGCCCCUUGCUUUGCAGUCAUUGGCGCUGCUGGCCCAGGCACUCAGUUUUCUGGAGGCAGGCGAACUGGGUGUUGUGAGCUUCGGUGAGGAGGUGCGAAUACUGCAUUCGUUGGGCCAGCCAUGGACACGGGAGUCAGGGGCCAACGUGGCUGGCUUGUUGAACUUCCAGCAGACACGUACACGUGUGGCCCCUCUUCUGAAGGCAGCAACAGAGCUUUUGCCCCCAGGCCCAGACACUGCUCGAUUACUGCUCAUCAUUUCAGAUGGCCGAGGCAUCUGCAGCGAAGGGGAUGUGGCAAGUGCAGUGUGCAGGGCUCAUUCACAAGGACUUCUUAUGGUGUUUGUUGUGUUGGACAGCCUGGGUGGCAAGGACUCCAUCCUUGAAAUCCGGCAACCAGAGUUCGGGCCUUCGGGACAGGUCAAGCUCCGCAGCUACAUGGAACGCUUCCCAUUCCCCUUUUACAUUCUCCUCCGGGACCUUGCCUCAAUGCCAGCUGUCCUGGGCGAGGCACUGCGCCAGUGGCUCGAACUGGUCUUGCAAGCCUAGAGAGACAUAUUCUGUGUGAAUAAACUCGCCAUGUGCCAUUCCA